UCGAGCAAGCAUAUGCAUAUAUAUGCAAAAUCAACAAAUUUGUUUAGAUAAACAAAUAAUUGUAAUACCGUAUUUUAUGAAAUUCUUAUUACAGAAGUUCGUAUAUUUGUAUAUUUAUUUAAAUGAUACAUAUGAUACGAAUGUAUUGAAAUUCAGUGAUGUGUAUUUAUUAAAUAACAAUCUAUCUAAUGUGUUACCGUAAUUAAAUAAUGUUUGUCUGCUGUUUCAAAUGGCGACAGAGGAGCAUAAACAUUUGGCUGAUAUUAUAAAAAACAUUCAUACAACAUUACGAGAAGAGGCUCAGAAUUAUGGCCCUGAUGUUGCAUGGAAGAGACAUAUAACUCGCAAAGAUGUUUUACAGAAGUAUGCUUCUUCUAUGGAAAAAUUGGCAACUACAUAUUGGAUGUCAAAUAAUUUAAAUGCAGAAAGUGUGAUUCUCUGUAGAGUGGAAUGGAUUAUAUCUCAAUGCAAGGAGUACUUCUUAAACGGUGGGCGACAGAAAUAUGAUGAAAGGGAAGAAGACAUCAAAAGAAAAAUGAGUACAAAUUGUACAGAAACUGAACAUUCUUCAAAUUGUAAUUUAGAUCUUAAAAGUAAGGAAAGUUGUACAUCAGAAAAUUUGGAUGAUACUCUUCGAGGAUCAACUGAUAAAAUAAUGUUAUUAGAUGUAGGAAGCUGUUACAAUCCGUUUGGGAAUAUAAAUAUGUUUGAUGUAACUGCAAUAGAUUUAAAUGGUAUACCAAACAAAGUUUUAAAGUGUGAUUUUUUAAAUGUUCAUAUCGGAAAAGAAAAGAUAUUUUCCGACGACAAGGAAGAAAUGUUGCAAUUAGCGGAAAGCUCGUAUGAUGUAAUUGUAUUUUCUUUGUUUUUAGAAUAUUUACCAUGUCCUAAACAAAGGUACGUUUGCUGUAAAAAAGCGUACGAUUUGUUACAAUCCCGCGGUAUACUUUACAUUAUAAGUCCUGAUUCAAAACAUGUUAGCGCGAAUGCUAAACUUAUAAAAUCAUGGAGAUAUGUAUUGAGUAAAUUAGGAUUUAUGAGAAUAAAAUACGAAAAGCUGCGACAUAUACAUUGUAUGAUAUUUAGAAAAUGUGUUCUUAAAUGUGUAGCGUUGAGAUGGGCGAAUUUGCAAACGGUACCCGAAAAUGAUCCUCUGUAUGAAACCGCUACUGCUAUUUAUAUUCCUCAGGAUUUUCGAAAUGUGUCCAGUGAAGUUAAACAAAAUGAAAAAAAAGAGUAUAAUGUAGACGAAAUUACUUUUAUGUUCGGCGAGUUACCUUUUGACGAAAUGUAACGCUAAAAAACAUUGAUUUUGUAAGGCUUUACUACAAAGAUUGUAAAUUGUAUACAAUGUAUGGUUAUGGAGUAUAUACCAAGAAAGAAUAAAUAUAUAUAAGUCGUUUAAUUACUAAUUAUUAGCGUUCCAUAAUUUAAAAAAUCUCCAGUAAA